AUGUCGUACUUUGAGAUAGCGGAAAGCGACAUCGGACCAUUGAAUGACAAAGUCACCAUUAUUACGGGGGCAUCUUCUGGCAUUGGUCUAGCGACAGCACAACUUUUCUUGUCCAAAGGCGCCAUAGUAUACGGGGCAGACCUACAGGCGCCCAUAGCUACUAUCAGCGACCCCAAAUUCAGCUUUACGUCGCUCGAUGUAACAUCCUGGCCGGAUUUAUGCGCUUUGUUUCAGAAAGCCCACGCCGAGCAGGGCCGCAUUGAUGUUUUGUUCGCAAACGCCGGCAUAUAUUCACGCGAGGACUAUCUCAGCGUGCGACAAGGCACAGAUGGACAACUAGAGGAGCCUUCUAAACUCACAUUCCAAGUCAAUCUUAGCGCACUUGCGAAUCAGGUCGCCCUAGCGGCCCAUUAUAUGACUACGCAGCAAACGCCUAGAGGCGGAUGUAUCACUCUCACAGCCUCAAGCACCUCCUAUCAACGUUUCGACGCUCCAGACUAUGUUGCUUCGAAGCAUGGCGUGAUCGGUCUGAUGCGAGGUACAAGUGUACAUGCUAAGAACAAUAACUUGCCACUCAGAAUCAAUGCUGUAGCACCCAGUUGGACACGGACAGGUCUUGUGACAGUCUCGCAGAUGCAAUUCGAAAAUCUCGGCAUCAUUAGCCAACCACCUGAAGCGGUGGCCCGUAGCGUGGCAUUGCUGGCCUCUGAUGAGACUCGUUCCUGUCAAUGCAUAUACAGUCGUGGUGGCGAAUAUGUUGAGGUAGAGGAGCCAAUGCAUGCAACAAUGUUAAAGCAGUUCCGAUUCACAGGUCUGGCGGAGGAAGAUGAGAGGGAACAAGUCAUUGAUCUCAUCUUUGGUUCUGGAAAGGAAUUGGAGGUACAAUAA